CUUUAAUUUGUUCAUCUUUUCUGAAGAAUGUAUGGAAUUCGACAUAUAUCCUCGCAAUUGAUCCCUUCUCAAAAUAAGGCUGCAUCCAUCCUCUCCUCCUCCAUUGGCUCUUCUGCUGCAUCAGCUUAUGUUGGAGGAAUUGGAUUGAGGAGACGGUCCGGCGAGCUCUCGCGGCUACUGAAAAUGAAUUGUGUUAUGAGAUCUGACGUUGAUUUCAUCACUAAUCUGCCCAACAACAUCAUCGACAAUAUUCUUGGAUGCUUGCCUCUAAGAGAUGUGGUGAGGACAAGUAUUUUAUCCAGAGAAUGGAGGUACAAAUGGGCUUCUUGUCCAGAAAUUGUGUUCGAUUUUUGGUUUGAUCAAAUGUUUCUGGGAGGUCACAAACUCGAGCCUCUUGUUUACCAAAUCCUAAAGUUUCACCAGGGUCCAUUGCUAAGGUUUGCCCUUCAAGUCCCUGAUCUGAAAAGCAGUCCCGACAUUGAUCAAUGGAUUCAUCUUCUACCAAACAACACUGUCCAAGACCUGACCCUCCAUGUAUCCCGGGGGGAGACACAUAAGUUGACUCCUUGUCUCUUUACUUUCCAACAUCUGAGAAAUUUGAAACUCUACAACUGCUUAUUUGAUCCUCCACCCGGGUUCAAGGGAUUUAGCAAGCUCGAGAACCUUCAGCUGCAAAAUGUCGACCUUGUGCCUGAAUCAUUUAUAAAGUUCAUUGCUUUGUGCCCGGCCCUUGAAAAGCUCCGGAUGAUUCAUUGCACCAGCUUUGAUUCCCUAGAAAUCACUGGCCCCAAUUUAAAAAGUCUUGAGUUUCAUGGGAUACUCAAGUUUAUUUCGUUCGCAAACUGCCCUGUCUUAUCCGAUGUUAAAUUAACAUUCUCAUCCAUGGAUUUCAAGAGAGGAAACGGUUUCUCCCUCGAUCUGGUAAAAUCCCUGAGUUGUCUCCCUGCCCUAGAAGACUUGCACUUGCAAGCUUAUGCAUUGGAGGACCUUGUAGAGCAUGGUGCCCCCAAUCCAUUACCCGUCUCCUUGACAACGCUGAAAAAUCUUCACCUUUCUGACAUGUAUUUCGAGAAAAUUGACGAGGCCUCCUGCGCAAUUUGCUUCAUCAGAAGCUCACCAAAUCUGCAGAGGCUUAAUAUCACGGCCUUCACCUUUGAUGUGGUAGACUCUGUUGCAGACUUCCUCAGAUCACAACAGAGCUCUGAAUCUUUGUCUCAGCUGAAAACAGUGAAGAUGCAAUUAUUCUCAGGGAUCGAGGCCGAAAUGGAAUUUGUGAAAUACUUGUUGGCAUCAGCUACUGCACUCGAGGAAUUGGCUAUUACGCCUCAUGCCAGCAGCAUCGCAGAUGGAGGCGAGUCUAUAUUGAAUGAGCUCAAACAAUACCCUCGAGCUUCUCCAAGCGCAGAGAUUAUUAGCUGGGAGAAAAUUCGCAGAUAAGUAGAUGUAUUUUGGGUCAUUUUGCAGUUACCUUGUUGUAGAUGUUGUUUCUGAGCAGGUUUUUAGAUAUAUUUCGAAAUGUGGACAGUUUAUGUAUAUGUAAUGCAGGUGUAUCUCUAUCUCUGUUUUGUGCAUUCA